AUGAGUUCCGCGGGGAACGAGGAGCUGGGCUUCCAGCAAAUGCCCAUGGGACUCAAGGUCCUUUACACAUUUGACAAAGAUAGCGAAGAUCGAUGCCUGGCUAGACACCCUCACAUCUUCCAAAUACAAACGUUGAAACUCGCUGAGAACACGACCAUUGGCCUUGUCGACAUCAAGCAUUGUCUGGACGCCGUAGCAAAAUGCAGCCCCGAGCUGACCGACCCAUCCGCCGAUAGCGAUUAUGUUGUCUACGCGUACGAUUACUCAGAGCCCGACACGCCACUUGUUGGCCAGGGCGUCUUAUCGUGGCUGUUGGAUCCGAGCAAAAACGAUGGGUCCAACAACAACCAAUCCCUGAGCAUGGUAACCGGCAUGGUUACUGAGAAUAGAAUGAGGCUUCUCAGCGGGAACGGUAUUAAGGAUACACUCGAAGUAAAGCUCAAGUUUGUUAGGAACAACAAGAUCCGGAGGCCAGGCCAACAACCCACUAGCAAUCAGCAGCAGCACUCGCCUUCGCCACUUCAGUCGUUUGACAUUCAGAACAUGGCUCAGACUCAUGCCCCGGCCCAGGCGCAGGACCAGAGGCAGGCGGCGCCGCACCACCUGCAGCUCCAGACGUCCCAAUUCGAUAUGAGCAUGCCUCAAGGGAUGGACACGGCCCAGACUUCUUCGAUGGAGUGGAAUUACUUAAUGCAGUCUUUCCCCCCACUCGGACACGACGCUUCUGUUGGCUCACCCCUUCCUCUGGAUGACGUAUCCUUUAACGCGAACAGCCUAAACAACAUCCCACCCGCCCCGAGCACGAACGAGCCAGUUGCUCAGGCCCCUCCGGCUCGCGCCUCUUCCCGUGCACCAUCUAGACCAUCGUCACGUGCUUCUAGGAAGCGGCAGCCGACAGGGCGGCCCCGAGGUCGGCCGAGGAAGCGUCCUCUGGCUACCGAGGGAAACACUUCUGGAUAUGAGGAUGGGACUGAUGGGGAUGACGGCCCGGCACCUAAGAAGAGGAUUGCUUCGACCGUCGUCGGAGAUAGGGCCGUUUCUGCCCCAUUUGCAGGUGCUCCCGACUCGCUAAGGGUUGCCGCUAGCACUUCUAAUUCUCUUCGAAACUUUAGGCCUCUUGCUGGAGGUGGCGAGGGAGGUCCAUCUGCUGGUAGUCAUCUCCAAGACGUGCCUCGAGCCCCGACCCCGGUGCCCAAGGCUGAUCAGCGCAUUCAAGGAGCCCGCGGUGGUAGUGCAGGAAGCAGACGACCCUCCACCCUGAGCCGGGAGCCUAGCACACUCGCCCCAGGCCAACAGUCAUUCUGCGAUUCGAGGCUAGCACUGUCUCCAACUGGCGAAGAUGGCCACUCGCCCCCGAUUGCGGCGACACCUGCUGCGUUCUCCGACGAUAGCGGUGCGGAGAUCAGUUCAUCGCCACCUGUUCCACGACCAUCCCGCUUUUUGCAGUCCAGCCCGCCACCCUCGAGCCCGAUCCUACCGCCUAUGCCCCAGCCCGAUUCUGGUUUCAUGAGUGGUAGUAUUGAAGAGAGUGCUCAAUUCGAGGAGCCAAAGCUCCAUGACGGGUGCCCGGCUGAGGCUCUACCUUCCGACGGCAUGCUUAUCAAUGCUGCCACCUGUCCCGAGGCGUAUGAACAAUCAGUCGCCGCUCAGAAGAAUCGGGAUGUUGGUAAGGUACCUGUUCAGGUGUUUCGACUCCAGGACAACGGAGGGGGCGGCAUGGUGCAGAUUCCCAGCCCUUAUUGCACGCGGUCAGGAUCGGACAAGCAAUCGGCUCCAAGGCAGCGUUCUAAGAGUGGCCGACGAUCGUCCCAGCCCGCCGCCAAACCAGCUCCCGCCCUUACGGCUGCUGCUGACAGCCACAAGGCGAAGAGUAGUGGGAAAGUGAAGGAGGCUACACAAAUUACUGCUGAUGUUCCUCCUCAAACCGAGCAGCCCGCCGAGAGGUCCCAGAGUCUCGCACCAACCCAGGCCCCGACACCCAUUCCUCUUCCUCUUCCUCUUCCUGAAGGUGCUCCGACGGCCCUUGACUCUACGCCCACUCCUGCUGAACCUGUGGUCCCCUCAAUUCAAUCCCGUCCACCUUCGGCUCCGGUUGCCAGCAUGCCAGUCGCUCGUCCCCACAAUUAUAACCGAUCUCAGUCGAUGAGCGCCUUGGUCCUGCCAUCGAUGCCGGACGAACCGACCACGACCCCCACCGUGACUGCGACUCCCACUGCGCCCACCACUGAGGCGUCGGCUUCGACCUCAACGUCGGGUGCCAACGGUAGAGCGGCGAAGACGGCCGCUUCCAUCCCGAGUGCUCCAUUGAAGCGCGUUCAGACACGAUCCUCUCAUGAGAUGCCUCUCCCCCUCCCUCUUCCGCUUCCCGCUGUUCCUGCUAGUGACACGCCUAGCGCCCCUUUUCUACCUCUACCCGCUGUCCCCGCCAGUGAUCCCGUUGGCCCCCCCCAACAGAGACUGCCAUUACCUAGUGCUACCUCAUUCUCUGAAGCGCCUUGUCCUCCGAGUGACUCUGCGGCGCCUCCCCCCCCACGGACCUCACCUCCACCCCCAAGAUCUAAUAAGAAUUACGUCAAGAAGCAGUCGAUCAGGGACCGCCUCGAGCGGGCAGUCAUGAAUGGCGAGAUGCCGCCGUACUGUGAUAAUUGCGGUGCAAUCGAGACCCCGACUUGGCGCAAGAUUCACACGCGCGACAUUAUUGGCUUUCCGGAUUACACCGAAUAUUCAGAAAAACCAGGUCAUAUUACGGCUAUUGAGGUGACAAGUCGCGACGCGAACAACAAGGCUACGUCGUAUCGCAUGGUCAAGAAAGCUCUGGGGAUGAGCGACGACAAAUCUCUUUGGACGGAGAGGCUUUUGUGCAAUCCAUGCGGCAUCUGGCUCUCUAAGAAUAACAAACACCGGCCGGCUGAAAGAUGGGAGAAGGACCACGAACGACUGGGCCAGGAGCGACGAAAGCGAGGUACUGGGCGAAAUCCCGUCCGUGUCAGGAAGAAGGCCAACGGCAAGGAUUCGCGCAGUGGCACGGCACCUCCUCCGACUUCCGAGGCCUGCAUCCCUACGGACGACAUGGCCCCCGAUGCUGUCAUGUCACCGCCUGUGGAUGCGCCUCCUGCCGAGGAGGGCAUGGGGCCGAUUCCCAUGGAUCGGUUCGCUUCCCUCUUAGAGACGGCAAACUCUCACGAGUUCAACGGCCACAAGGUCGAGCACGUAAACCAAACGACGGCAUCUGGACGUUCGGGUUUUUCCAACGCCGGGUCGACGCACACGAAUGGGACCGGGACGGUGAACAGCCCCAUUACUCUUGAUCUCGAUGAGGAUCAUCUUGGUUCCACUAGGAGGAUACUGUUCCCAUCGCCCAGGCAUAAGAGUGGGGCCCAUCGAGACGCGUUGAACCCGGUGUCGCCAAACAUCAUCACGCCUUCAGCUGGCGAUGGAGAGGGCGGGAACCGAGCGGAUAAGGAACUCGCAGCUGACGUGGCCGAAGCACUAGCGAGGAACGAAAACCAGCAUAAUGCCACGUUUGAGGACGAUCUGGAUUCGCUCUUCAGGAGCCCCUCCGGCCUCGCUAGGCCUUCUACACCGCCUCCUAAGGAAGUCUCGUCGGAGACGAGAAACCCGUUCCGCACGCCUUCACGGCCGACGCCGAGCCACCGACCGGUGACUAGAAGCAUCUCACGUUCGAUGCGCUCGGCUCAAUCGUCACCCAUCAACUCGCAGUUUGCGCUGGCCCAGACGACACCGACGCGCACGCCCAUGGCGCGGCUCAUGCUCCCGGAAAGUCCCUCGCUCCGUCGCAGUCCCCGGAUUAACGGUUCAGCGAUUAAGAAUGACCACGACCGACGCAUGAAGGCCAUUGAGCAGAUACCGGAAGGCGAUAUGGACGCCACGCUCAAUGCCCUUCGUGAAGCCUUUACGCCCCCUUGGGCGCCCCAGGAGGAGAUGCAGGCAAUCCUGAACAGAUGCCUCGACCCGUGGACUAGAGCAUUCAAUGAGGAAGUUGAAGAGGAGUGGAACUUUGAGCUCCUGGGAGGAUGCGAACCCGAGAAAGCCGAAGAGCCCGAAGAGCCCGAAGAACCCGAGGAAUAG